CUGACAACGUCGCGGCGACCGCGCCCUCGUCGUCGAACCCUAGCUUCUCCGCGAGCGGGACGGCUGCGGCUUGGCGAGGGAGAAGGCGACCCUCCGCGCCGCCGCGUCCUCACCUACUCGACCCUCCGCGCGCCGUGAUCUCCAGCCCCGCGGUUCUCCCGGAUGCGGCCUCGGCCGCCGCCGCCAAUGGCUAUGGGCCUCUGGGCGAGGUCCAUGGCGACCUUCACCCGCACGUGAGUCCCUUUCCCAGCCAGCUGAUUUUGUGCCAGUGUGUAGCGAAUUGUUGGGGUGAUCUGAAUGCAGUUUUGGUUUCGGCGGGCGAUACAGGCUGUCAGAGAAUGGGAACGCCAAGUCCAUCGCGUUCGAGGAGAUCACCUGGUUCCGGAGGAGAAGUCCGGAGGAAUCACCAUCUCAACGGCGCAUGUGGAGUAUGAGACUGCUGAAAGACAUUAUGCUCAUGUGGACUGCCCAGCCACUGAUUAUGUCAAGAACAUGAUUGCCGGAGCUACUCAAAUGGACGGUGGUAUUCUCGUUGUGUCAGCUCCUAAUGGCCCCAUGCCCCAAACAAAGGAGCAUAUUCUUCUAGCUAGACAGGUUGGUGUGCCAUCACUUGUUUGUUUCCUGAAAUUCCUGUAGUUUGAAGCUUGUUUACACCCACUGUUUAAUGUUUGAACUGUUUGCUUGUUAUAAACUUAUAUUUUUUUUCCAUCUACAAAUGUCACUGAACUGUAUGGUAAUUUAGGACAGUCAUCUAGCAAACAUGAAAAUUCCGAACCUGUCGAACUUCACUACGUUCUAAUUUAUCUACAUGUUUAACAGGCAUUUAAUCAGGGACCACCUAAAAUGUUUGUUUUAUUAACCUAUAUAUAUGUGUCGUACUACUUCUGUUAGAAUAAAGAGAUGGGCAACAUGAUACAUAAGUUCUCUGCACUAUAUUUACGUUGGAUCCCAGCUUGGAAAGUUCAUUGUCUGGAUCAUCCAUCCAAUCAUUGUAGGCACUCCGUUGGGUGUUUCUACAAAAGCUGUCGUCAGAUCAGCAUAGUGGUUUAAAUUCUUAGGCCGAAAGCUUGAUUGAGCAUUUGAACUAAUGAGAGUAGAUCGAUAGGAAUUCAGCAUAUUUCCUCCACCACCGGCUUUGUCCGAAAAGUUGGCUUUGAUAUCAAGCAACGUUUUGUUGGAUUCGUGAUGGGCCAUCGGUUAGCAUGAUUUAACGCUGCAAUAUACAUAUCUCUUCAUAGGUGAUAUACGGGUAGAGCUAGCAAAUACCAAACUGCAUUCAGAGUGAAUAGCUCCUUAAUAAUUUUUGCAUCGAUGUGUUGUUUUCAGUCUUCUACUUUCCCCUCUCAUAUCUGAUGCCUCCUUGUUGUUCCUUAAUCUGGGACUGACUCUACAGAGGCACUAGCAUGCAGGCACUCGUUUUCAUGAGAAUUCCAUUUGCGCUCUUGCUCUGUCAGUCAACACAUGUUAUUUGAGUUCGUUUUUCUCCCCUGCCAACACCACAUGCUGUUUUUAGUACAAUAUUCGUCUCCGUUUGCUUAAUUGAAUUAUGACUUCU